AUGGCCAACUCCCAUGACACCGCCACGCAGACGCUGUUGAUGUUGGAGGAGCGCUUGCAGCAUGUCGACUAUCUCGUCAAUGGAGAUGGAGAAGCGGCGGCAGCUCAGCGGAGAGCAAUUCGAUCCACAUCGACCUCGACCGGAUCUGCGACAGCCCGUUUGCGCAACCUGGAGAAAGCACUGAAGGCGUUGGCAGCCAAGUCGUACGCCGUCUCGGACUUAUUGCAGCUGCACAAACAACACCCAGAUCUGUUUCACCCCACCGAUCCGCAGACAGUGCCCAGCACCCUACCGCCAGCAGCACUGGCUCAGUUGGUUCUGGCCCACGAGCAGCUCUACAAAUCUAGUGCUACCCAGCUCACUAUGUUGAACGACAACAGUGCCAUUCCGGACCCGACCGUCAUGGCCAAAUUGGUAGCUUUGCAGCCUCGCAUUGACAAAGUGGAGGCGAAGCAGAGGCAGCAAUUGCAGGAGUUUCACGACCUACGCGUGAGGAGUAUGAGAGUGGUCGAAGGGUGGUGCGAGAAGGGCGUGCUGGAGAUGGGUGGGAAUUGGGCGGACUGGGAGGAAAAUCUGAGGGAAUGUGAGAUUCUGGUGCGCAGGAACGAGGCUGCUAAGCGGCGGGAGGAUGACUUCAAAUGA